AUGGCGAGAACCAUUCCUUUCCCAAUUCAAAACAAAACCGCCCGUCCCUGGGACCCGGUUACUCAAGGCUCUACGGGAAACCUGACAAGCCAUGAUAACCAUAAACGAGCAAGCUGUGGAGGUCCAUCUCCGGACAGUCCCAGCAAGUUCUGGUAUGAGACGAUUACUCACAACGGCCAGUCGUCUUUCUUGGACUCGACCUACAAGAACAACUACAAGGUCUUUCGCAACGUGGUGACCGACUUUGGAGCCGACAACACCGGUGCUACCGAUGCUUCAGCAGCUAUUCAGAAUGCCAUCAACGCUGGGGCCUCCAAUGGCCCUAACCGGGCUAGCCACUCCAUGGGCACCACUGGUCAACCUGCAAUCAUCUACCUCCCAGCUGGAACGUAUCUAAUGGAGCGAAGUCUUCAGCUCUAUGUCGGUACGGUAAUUGUGGGCGAUGCUCUCAAUCCACCUACUCUCAAGGCUAGCGCCAAUUUCCCCACCGAUCAUAUCGUCUACGGAAAAGAUAACAAGCUGGGCGGCACGAUCAACUUUUACAUUGGCUUCAAGAAUGUGAUUAUUGAUUCUACGAGCGUUGCUGCGUCCAGGUCAAUCACCUUGUUGGACUGGACCGUCUCUCAGGCCACGCAGCUGACGAAUGUUGUGUUCAACAUGCCGAACUAUUCGAACCAUGUUGGCGUGACAAGCCAGUACGACUCUAACAGCAAUAUCAUUCUGAACGAUCUUACCUUCAAUGGUGGUGCGAUUGGCCUGGAGUUGAGCGGCCAACAAUGGAUCCUCAAGGGCAUCACCAUCAACGGAGCCAACGUCGGUAUCAAGGCCGGCGCAUUUCAGCUCGUCUGUCUCGACUGCAAUCUCUCAAACGGUGCCACCGGUAUCGAUGCCAGUGGAAUCUCUGGCUCGCUGACUGUCAUCGAUUCCAGCGGCAGUUCUCUCGGUAACAUGAUCGUCUCCUCCAACGCUGGUGGUAGUGCUCAGAACUCGAUCAUUCUGGAGAAUGUGCAGUGCACCAACAGCGGCAGCACCGUCUCGCUUAACAACAAUGCGGUACUCUCUGGCUCGGUGACAAACACCUGGGUGCAUGGAAACAUGUACUCCGGAGGAGCUACCACCCCUGCGAAAGAGCAGGGCACGCGAGUAACCACCCCUCGUGCAAAUGUUCUUCUCGGAGCCAAUUCCAAGUACUUUACCAAGGCACCGCCGACAUACGCUCAGUACUCCUCCAGCCAGUUUAUCAAUAUCAAGACUGUGAGCGGUCUCCCUGUUAAGGGAGAUGGCGCCACCGACGACACGGCCAACAUCAACGCCAUCCUGGCUCAGUAUGCUGGAUGCAAGAUCAUUUACUUCCCGGCCGGUACGUACAUUGUGACGGGGACGAUUUUCGUCCCGGCCGGUUCGAUCAUUGUCGGAGAUGCGUACGCGUCGGCUAUCAGUGCUACGGGGUCCAACUUCUGGAAUCCUAAUGCUCCGACGACAAUGGUCAAGGUGGGCAAUGCGGGUGACGUGGGCGUCGCCCAGUUUACAGAUAUGCUGUUUACAGUUGCCGAUGUCCUCCAGGGCUGCAAAUUGGUCGAGGUAAACAUUGCCGGAGCAGCUCCUGGCGACGUGGGAUUCUGGAACACGCAUUUCCGUAUCGGCGGUGCAGUCGGCUCCAAAGUACAGACUAACUGCUACGGCACUCCAGACCAGUGCAAAGCCGCCUGGGGCCUGCUCCAUCUGACCAGUACUUCCUCUGCAUAUAUUGAGAACAUGUGGGGUUGGACCGCAGACCACGACCUGGACGGCAAUGGUGGCACAACCACCAUCGCCACCGGCCGUGGUCUCCUCGUCGAAGCCACCAAGGGCACCUGGCUGGUCGGAACGGCUAUGGAACACCACACCCUCUACCAGUACAACUUUGAGUACGCCCAGAACGUCUUCUCCGCCUUCCAGCAGAGCGAAACCCCCUACUGGCAGGGCUGGGGGAAUCCCGAUCUGGCCCCUGCGCCAUGGUCCUCGAACCUGAUCGCCAGCGAUCCCAACUUCAGCAACUGCGCUGCCGGCGAUGCAGGAUGCCGCAUGGCGCUGUUUGAGCGCAUCCGUGGCUCCUCGAACUUGUUCCUCUAUGGAGGCUGCGUCUGGGCGUUUUUCAACAACAACGGUGGAUGUAAUGGAGACUGCCAGGCGAACGCCGUCCGCAUCCUGUCGUCGGCUGGCUCGGUGUAUCUCUACGGUACCAAUGUCAAGGCUAUCAGCAACAUCGUGCUCGAGAACACUGUUGCCGCCGCAAAGGAAAGUGACAACUAUGGCGGAUGGGGCGGUGUCGUCGCCGCGUACCUCCACAACGGCGACACAAGCAGUGGCACGCCCGGCUCCGGCGAUGGCACGCCCAGCACCGGCGAUGGGAACGGCGCCGUGGUUACCGGUAACGGGUUAAACUGGUACAGCUCUUCUCUGACCAACGGCGCAGCCGCAUACCAGGAUCCCGAAUAUUACUACUGCUUCGGUGGGUCGGCUGCUAACUUCCCACCCCUAGAGAACUGGAUGGGCUUCACGGCGAUGUUUAAUCUAAACCAACAGACCUCCAUGGCACUGGUCGAGUCGGGCCCCAUCCAGGGAGAUAUCUGGAAUGCCAUCGUCGAAGUAUCUGCCGCGGCCAAGGUCGAUCCUCGAUUGAUCCUGGCAGUAGUUAUGCAGGAGUCUAGCGGCAAUGUGUACGUCGGCUGCACGAAUAACGGCGUGCAGAACUGCGGGCUGAUGCAGGCCUAUGCGGGGUCGGUGUCGUUCGAUCCCAACAAUCCUCAAGGAAGCAUCACCCAGAUGAUCAUCGACGGUACACAAGGCACGGCACAAGGCGGCGGUCUCGUCCAAUGGUUCAACAAUGAGAAUGUUGGGGCCAACACCGGUGGUAACCCGUACAAUGUGCUCCGGGGCUACAACUCGGGCAGCAUCAAUUUCAACGAUCUGAAUGAUCCCCAGGGGGCUACUGCUUCGUAUGUCAGUGAUGUGGCCAACAGAUUGCAGGUGAGUCUUCUCUUCGGGAUAGAGGAGCAUGAGACUAACGAGGCUAGGGAUGGAAUGGUAAUGAUGGCCACGGGUACAGAGCUGCUUGUGGCUGGAGGUGAUGAAUACCUGCGGAAUCUCAAUACGGUAUCGAUGUGGAUACAAGGAGAUAGGGCUUUGCGCUGA